UCGUACCACUUCUCGUGUUCGCAUUUCAAAGGGAGGAGGGAGGGAGGGUGAUUGGUGUGAGCGAGAGAGAAAGAGAGUAGCAGUUGAUCGAAGAGAGUGAUUACGGCUACGGGUGCUUAUUCAGGGAGGAACUUCUUUCUUGUAUCUGAAGAUUUGGAUAGAGUAAAAAGAUUGGUUUUUUUUUUGUAUUCUGAGAUCCCCUAAAGAAUUGAGAAAUGGACAAAGAACAAGAACUGGAGUGGCUUGAAGCUCAAAAGAUUGUAAUAAGCAAGGAUCUUGUGGCUGCAGCCAAACAGCAACUACAGUUUCUUGAAACCAUUGAUCGCAAUCGCUGCCUCUACGAAGGCUCUGUUCUUCACCGGGCUAUUUAUAGGUACAAGACCUACUGGCUUCCCUUGGUUGCGAAAUAUAAUAACUCUCAGGAUUUAGAAGGCCCAUUGGUUGUGCCUCUUGAUUGUGAAUGGGUUUGGCACUGUCACAGGCUCAAUCCUAUACAAUACAAAUCAGACUGUGAAAAAUUCUAUGGGAGAAUCCUUGACAACUGCAAUGUUUUAUCCACUGUCCGAGGGACUUGCAAAAAGCAAACUGAAGAAAUCUGGAGCAGGCUGUAUCCAGGGGAGCCAUUUGAGCUCGAUAUGAGCAACUGUUUUCCAGAGAGUAUCCCAGAAAAGAUUUUAAAAGAUUCAGAAGGCAUAAAAUAUGACCUAGUUUCUGCUGUUAAGAGGCAGAGUCCUUUCUUUUACCAGGUGUCCAGACCUAGCAUGCAAAGUGAUAUAUUUCUUGAGCAAGCACUGGCUAGAUAUAAAGGGUUUCUACAUCUGAUCAAGAGAAACAAAGAAAGGUCCAUCAGACGUUUCUGUGUUCCAACUUAUGACGUUGACCUUAUGUGGCACUCUCAUCAAUUGCAUCCUGUUUCUUACUGUAAAGACAUGGUUGAAGCACUUGGCAAGGUAUUAGAGCAUGAUGACGUGGACUCUGACAGAACCAAAGGGCAGAAACUAGAUGUAGGGUUUUCUGAAACAACUAAACAGUGGGAAGAGACUUUUGGUUUGAGGUACUGGAGAGCAGGGGCGAUGUACCGAGGAAGUGCUCCACGUGCUCUCAUAGUCACCCCUUACACAUCAAAAUAUAUUAGCAAGGAGGUAGUUCCACCCAAUGACUAUCAGGAAGUAAUUCAGAUUCCCAAGGCAAAAUAUGUUGAGGUUUUUCUAGAGAUUGUGGGGCUGAGAAACAUACCUGCCGGGCACAGGGGUAGCUUCUUUGUCUUUUUCAGUAAGAAGCAGCCAGAUAAUUUCUUCAAUGCUAGGAGAAGACUGAAUAUUUUUUCUGAGUCUGGGGAGAAGCAUGUUGCUGCUUUCCAGUGCGAACCCACUGGGGAGCUUUUCUUUGAACUUAUGUCCCAUUCAGGUUCCAAUUUACUCAUAUCAAGGACAGCCAAAAUCAUGGGGACGACUUCAAUGUCUCUGAGAGAUCUGCUAGAUCCAGCCUCUGGACUGUCAUUGGAUACAUGGUUUGAGUUGGCGACUGUUUCUGGCACUCACUCCAAGCCAAUCUCAAUGCAUAUUGCUGUUUCUUUGACUGUUCCAGUCACAGCACCUCAUGUGCUUCACAUGAUCCAUUCACGUCCAUGCUCGAUGAGUUCCUGCUUCUUCCCGCUUCCAGGAAGGGUCCAACAUGCUAAGAAUUGGACGUGUGUUGUGGAUGAAGCUGGCAAUGACAUCAUUAACAUCCAGAUGAGGGAUUCAAGGAAACUGGAGGCAAUAAACAACUGUUGCUCAAUGAAAGAGGUGAUUGGCAUAGUAGGGUCUGGGGGAUCAUAUGUUUUAGCAGAGUCUGUCGGAACAAAAUGGUCUUUGAUGGAUUCUCAUUGGUCCUUUGUGCUUCAGAGGACAUCCAGUGAAGGUGAUCAUCUAUUUGAGCUUAAAGGCAAUCGAAUGGUGAAACUUUUCUCUGGUAGAAAACUGGAAUAUGAACCCAAAUGCUGCGAGAGGAAGGCAAGUGAACGUGACUUCUUGACAGCAGUUGAAUUUUCCCUGGAAGAUCCCUAUGGCAAAGCAGUUGCAAUGAUUAACUUGAAGUCUGGAAUUGUAAAGGUCAAUGAAGAGUGGUUUGUGUUGCCUGGGAUUAUCUUGGCUUUCGUACUUUCUGACAUUUUCAGAAAGGCGGGAUAUGAUAGUUUUCUUGCCUCUGGAGAAAAUAUAAAGGGAGUGACUGUGUUAUCUGAGGAUGUUGAUGGGUGCAACGAAGGUGGUGGAAUGGAGCAGAAGACUGGCAUCGUAAAGGAAGUGCAGGUUGAUGAGGCUCAGAAAAGUAGUACUGUGGUUCCAGAAAAGGGUGGCGCUUGUGGAGGAUGUGGAAGUGGGUGUGGUGGAUGCGGUGGAGGAAGUGGAUAUGCUGGCACAGUAAAUGAAGUGAAGGUUGAGGCUCAGAAAACUAAUAUGGCGGUUCCAGAAAAUGGUGGCGCUUGUGGAGGAUGUGGAAGUGGAUGUGGUGGAUGCGGUGGCGGAAGUGGAUAUGCUGGCACAGUAAAUGAAGUCCAGGUUGAGGCUCAGAAAACUAAUACGGCGGUUCCAGAAAACGGUGGUGCUUGUGGAGGAUGUGGAAGUGGAUGUGGUGGAUGCGGUGGCGGAAGUGGAUAUCUGACAAAGAGUGGUGGCUGUGGUGGCGGGUCCAAGAAUGUGUCAAAGAAUGGGGGAUGUGGUGGCUGUGGCGGUUGUGGUGGGGAUAGCAGUGAUAAGUUGGCACAGAAGUGAAGGCAGCUUUUGGAGCUUGCAUAUACUGAAAUAAGGCUGUGAUGGCUGCUAUCUGUGCACCCAUCUGACGGAACUGAAGCAUUGACGAUGUUCCGAGGUUAUGAAUAUUGAUAAAUAAAUAUUGUAAAUAAGCUUUCUAUGCAUAAGCUGUUGUCUUAUAACAUCACUGUGAUCACCUUAGAAGAAUGAAAGAUGAUACAUCCCAACUCGAAGAUUCAUACCCAGUAUAGUUCCAAACUGAUGAUCCCAAAAUGAGGUCAACCACUUGUUAUUGGAGGAAUGGAAAAAAAAAUGGGAUGAUUUUUUUCAA